CGUCCGUGCGGGUGGUUUAUGAUGGCCUACUGCUGCUGCUGUUGCCGUUGGUACGCUAUCCGUUCGAGUGCUCGCUCAUUCAGUUCAACCCCGUCCGCCGAGCAGUGCGAAACACGGAUCGAACCGCGCGGUACCAAAUUUAACGCUGCUAAUAGCCUCAGUGGGGCUGCUGAAUUUUCCAAACCGCAACCAUUGAUAGUAACUAGUCGAAAACUGCAUAAAUGUAUUCGUGAAUCGAAUACUGCAUAGCAGUGUCAGCCCUUUUGGCCAAAAGGGCAACGCUAGGGAUUCGUUCGGGUUCCCAUUUGAUUCAAGAGUUCUUCCGGCGGGGCUUCUUUUCUGGGACGGUUCUGCUAAUUUCUUCUGCUUAAAACGAAUUUCGGUUCAAUGAGUGCGUGGUGUGUCGCGUGUGCAGUGAUUUAAAGAUUCAAGCGAAAGUCGUCUGCCGUCCUUAGAAGCUGAAAUUGUGACCGGAAAAAAAAUCUUCUUCCGCAAAGCUGGUCCAGCAGCAGAUUGGUUGCCUCAGGGAUUUGCCGUCGACGGGCGAACUGAAUCGCCGUUUUGUGCCGGGCGGGCCAAGUGAGGAACGAAAGUCAGAGAAACCUUUCGACGCAACCAAUCCAGCUCGGAUGGAACGAUGAAGUGUUUUGCUUGGCAGAAGAAAGGAUGAAGCAGAUUAUGUAAAGAUUACGCGAUUGCAGUCUGUUUUUGUUGCUUCCGAGGCAGCGCGAAGAAAUUGUGAGGAAGGUGGAAAAAAUCGUGCAGAAAACACUGCUUAGUCUUUCCCGACGAAACGCGUUCUGUGUACAUUACGGUCGGUCACGAUAGUGGCGGCUCAAUAAUUCCCCAAGCUGGAGGAACCGGACAAAAUGCAACCGGCCGAGUGUGCGGGUGUGAUCUCCCCGGUGGUGCUCGAAUCGGCUACUGCCCCCAUUUCCGUGGUGCCUAUUUCUUCUACGACAGCUAAUAAUAGUUCCAUCAUGACGACGACUACCGGUGGGCACUGUCGUCCACUGCUGCUGCUGCCAUCGUCGUCGACAUCGUCCUCGCUGUCGUCCUCGCCGGAAACGGUGCGAAGUGCAUCGUCGACGGCAUCCUCGUUACCGCCCCCAACGACACAAGCGUCAACGCCAACGGGGCCGGUCACAACGAAACAGUGCCAACGGGACGACUACGAAGAGGACGAAGACGGCCCGGGCCGGGCACCGCUGAUGAAGCAACUGAACAAACUGCUCACCCCACCGGAUGACCUGCUGCAGUGGAAGGAUAUGCCGCAGCACCUGCAGUUCAAUCCGUACGUCCUGACCGGCUACCGGCCGCUGCAGGGCGUCAAAGGAUGUCUCAGCAGUUUGUUCUACGUGCACAACGAGACGAUUAAUAUUUUAACACAUGGCAUUCCAAUCGUGUACAUCCUGGCAACAGUUCCGGCAAUGAUGCCAUGGGAGAAGGAGUACCGCUUUCUCUCGUGGUGCCAUCUGGUCGGUUCUGUUGCACCGUGGUGCGGUAGCUUCGUCUACCACCUCUUCAUGAAUCUGGAGCUGGGCGAGAGCGCUUACUACCGGCUACUGCAGCUCGACAUGUUCGGAAUUUGGAUGAGCCAAAGUUUCGGUGCCCUCCCGAUGGUAACGGCGACGGUCUUCUGCUUGAGUUGGCCGCUCAAGUGGCUUCUCAUCAUAUCGUACUCGCUAUUGUGCAUUUGGGGCCUGUUCAAGGCCAUGACGGCAUCCUCUCCGUGGCAACGGCGGCUCUGCUUCGGGCUGCCCUUUAUGAUGCGAAUCAUGCUGACACUGCUGCGGAUAUCGAAGCUGGGCGGCGGGAAUCCCUCCUCGCUGACACACGUAUUUCUGCAGGACGCCGUUUCGGCCGUGGGUGGCGUGAUUGGUGCGAUGCACAUACCGGAAAAGUGGUUUCCCGGCAGUGUGGACAUCUAUCUCAACUCGCACAACAUCAUGCACGUGCUGGUGGUCAUGGCCGUGUACUCGAUGCACCAGGCCACGAUCCGGGACAUCGAGUGGAUGCAGAACGCGGAAUGCACCCGAUCCAACCUGACGUCGUCGCUGAACAUAGACGCCAUCAAUGGUUCCCACCUGGAGCUAUGACCAGCUGGUACCGAAUACUCCGUCCCACAGGGUUCAGCAGAUUGCAGCUGCAACUCCUCGCCUGGCUACCUGGUCAACGUCAGCACCAGCAGCAGCAGCAUUAUCAAAAAUAUCAACACCACUAGCACGUGUGCUGCCGGUUCCAGUGCGGUCGCUUCCGGCAGCGUCACCAAUGGCACUACUAGAACUAGCGACGAAACGAGCGGCAGCAGCCCCGACGUAGGCUGGUGCUGGCUGGGCAGAUUCGUACGGCUGCGUACUGCCGCUUCACGCUACGGCAACGCCGAUGGAGACGACCUCGUCGGCAGCAUCGAUGACGGUGCGUUUCGGUGGAUGAGUCGGAUUUUUGCCGACGGCGGUUAGCAUUAGGCGUGUAUGCCUCGGCUUCACCCUCAAUUUUACUCUGGGGACAUCGUCCGAACGAAAUCGGCGGGCGAGAUUUGAGCGAAUGAUUGCCUUCUUUCUUGGAAUGGGUUUUGUGGACAGAUUCGUGCACAAUCAAAAUUUUCACAAUCUUAAAGGAUAAAUAUCGCGAUGGUAAUGAGGUGCAACUCAUGA